AGUCUUUUCAAUUCAAAUCCAAGUGAGCGUCGAUUUGUAUCUUGCCGGGGAACGUCGAAGUCCGGAGACCGGAGUAUCUUAUGAACUUUAAUCUUAAUCGAUUUUACGCUUGGUUUUUAUUAAAACAAGCGUUUUGUUGAAAAUCAAUAAACUACAGUUUUUUAACGAUUUAUAGCAAUAUUAGUGUCUGCUGAAAUGGAUGCUUCUUCACAGGAAGCAAUGCUGAAGAAAAAGCUCCAGGCAUUUUUGUCUGAGAUGCUGAAACUAGGGACGGUAAAAGGUUUUAAGUACUUUGCGAUGUAUAUGCGUGGCCGGGAGGAAAUGGUACUGAGCGUGUUAAAUCACCCUCAGAGUAUAUCUAGUCCAGUUCACAGCAAGCCAGAUCAUUCUGAGACAGAGAGGAAAACAUUGUCAAAAUCUGAAAGUUUCAGCUCUCAAAACCUGCCAUAUGAUCAGCGAUCACUGAUGCUGUCCGUCCGUUCACAGAUGAUUCUCAGUACCCAUGGUGUAAAAGAUGUAGGUUUACCACCAGCAUCUCCUAGUGCAGAGGAGUCACUACCUACUGAUGAGAAAUCAACAUUAUUCCUUAUAGCUGGUUAUAGUAGAUACAACUGUCCGUAUGUAUGGGUGAGAUCAAAUCAUGACCGACUUGUUAAACUCACUGGGGAAUCCAGGGAAAGAGAUUGUCCAUUGAAAUUAAAGACGACAAUGAAAUGGAAAGAUAAUGAUGUUUUUGUAUGGGAUAUCAUAGCAGAGCUGGUGAAGUUAUGUACAUAUCCAGCCCCAAGAAAUCCUUUUGAGAUAGAUUUUGAUUACUUCUCAAUGUUGCCAUUGUCAGAGAAAGUGUUAGCUACGGCUGCCAUGGUAACCAUUCUUCAGAAAAUUCUCAUUCAGACAUCAGAUCACAAGCAGUAUGCUGGACCAGUAUUUGAAGAGUUACAACUCAUAACGAAACUACAUUUUAGUAGUUUAGAAAAACUUGUUCAGGAACAGGGCCUCCCAGUUUUACAAAAGCAGCAGCAACAACAACAACAGAGGUCAAGGUCACAGUCAUCACAUAUGACCUCAAGGUCAAGGACAUCAUCAUAUAAUCAGCCAAUGAACACAGGAUAUCAGAAUGCACCUCAACAAACAGUAUGGUUACAUGCAAACUCAGGCAAUGUUUUGAGAAACAGACCUGUUUAUGUAAAACACAGUUCAUUACAUGAUGACUUGCAAUAUUCAUUAUACACAUGUAGUUUUCAUAGCUAA